UGAAGAGGGAGCUCACACACACCUCUCCUGAUUCAGCGGAACAGAUUUAUUCGUCACCUCUCCCGGCUGCCUCACGCAGCGAGCCGGCUGCAGAACACAAGACAAUCCCAAACCCAGCAGCACCUGCCCCGUCCGUCAACCCAUCUGUCUGUCUGUGCAGAUUAACGGCUCUGUUACAACUCUGACUGCAUGCUUACUGGCGUCCACUGCGUCUGAGAGACGAAGGGGGGGGACCACGACAUCCAGAGAGACGAGCGGUGAAUGUGAAUAAUGGGAAAACUAAAAAGCGACGACUGCAUUGAGGAUGGGCCAAUGGAUAAACUGCGGGACAAAUAGAUAACCGGAAAAAAGCUCUGUUUCUGCAUCUCUACCUUAGGACCCCCCUGCAAGGAGAUGUUCAUCAUUAUGGGAUAGAUGCACAGGUCUGCCUGUUGCCAUGGAUACCAGCACGCGAAAAUUCACAGUGCGGAGAUGGUUUUCUAUCUACCUGAAGAACAAGGCAGCGAGGAACAAGAAUAACACUGGCUUCUGUCAACUAGAGGAUGACAGUAUACUUAAGGAGAUUGACAUCAGCCACCAUGUUAAGGAGGGUUGUGAGAAAGCAGACCCCUCUCAGUUCCAGCUGCUUAAAGUGCUGGGACAAGGCUCCUAUGGAAAGGUGUUUCUGGUGAGAAAGAUCAGAGGAGUGGACAGAGGACAGCUGUAUGCCAUGAAGGUCCUCAAGAAAGCCACACUGAAAGUUCGGGAUCGUGUACGGUCCAAGAUGGAGAGAGAUAUUCUGGCAGAAGUGAACCAUCCAUUUAUAGUUAAACUGCACUAUGCCUUCCAGACAGAGGGAAAGCUCUAUCUGAUCCUAGACUUCCUCCGGGGAGGAGACCUUUUCACUCGUCUGUCAAAGGAGGUAAUGUUUACAGAGGAGGAUGUGAAGUUUUAUCUGGCAGAACUGGCCCUGGCCUUGGACCAUCUACACAGUCUGGGGAUCAUCUACAGGGACCUCAAACCUGAAAAUAUUCUUCUUGAUGAAGAAGGACACAUUAAAAUAACUGACUUUGGAUUAAGUAAGGAGGCUAUCGAUCACGAUAAAAGAGCGUAUUCCUUCUGUGGAACAAUAGAGUACAUGGCUCCAGAGGUCGUAAACAGGAGAGGGCAUACACAAAGUGCCGAUUGGUGGUCAUUUGGAGUUCUUAUGUUUGAGAUGCUGACAGGAUCAUUACCAUUCCAAGGAAAAGACCGAAAGGAAACAAUGGCACUUAUUCUAAAAGCUAAGCUGGGAAUGCCACAGUUCCUCAGUCCUGAAGUGCAGAGUUUAUUAAGAGCGCUCUUCAAGAGGAACCCUGCUAAUCGACUAGGUGCAGGACCCGAUGGAGUGGAGGAAAUAAAAAGACAUCGCUUCUUUGCAUCCAUAGACUGGAGCAGGUUAUACAGGAAGGAAAUGAGGCCUCCAUUCAAACCGACAGUUGGAAGACCUGAAGAUACCUUCCAUUUUGACCCUGAGUUCACCUCCAGAACGCCCACUGAUUCUCCCGGCAUCCCUCCAAGCGCAAACACACACCAGCUGUUUCGUGGUUUCAGCUUUGUUGCAACGAAUCAAAGUCAGGAGCCUAGUGUUGCAACGGUAGCGCCUUCUCGUCAGGAGGUGAACAGCAUCGACCCCAUAGCAAAGCAUCUCCAAGGUGAUGUGGCCUUCAGUGAUGUUUAUGAGCUUAAGGAGGAAGUCGGACAGACAGCAACUUCUGUCUGCAGACGAUGUCUACACAGAGUUACUGCUGUGGAGUAUUCAGUAAAGAUCAUUGACAGAGCGAGGAAAGAUCCAUCUGAGGAGAUUGAGAUUCUGUUAAGAUAUGGACAGCAUCCAAAUAUUAUUACUCUGAAGGACGUUUUUGACAAUGGCCAGUGUGUGUACCUGGUUCAGGAUUUACUGCGAGGAGACGAGCUGCUGGACAGAGCUCUGACAGUGCCAAAUUUUACAGAGAAAAAUGCGUCAGACAUCAUCUGCACACUGACCAAAACCGUGGAAUAUUUACACUCACAGGGGGUCGUGCAUCGAGACCUGAAGCCCAGUAACAUUUGCUAUUCUGAUGACAGUGGACUCCCAGAAUGCAUUAGGAUAUGUGAUUUUGGUUUCGCCAAACAGCUCAGGGCUGAGAAUGGCUUACUGAUGACUCCCUGUUACACAGCUACGUUCAUGGCUCCUGAGGUCCUGAAGAAACAGGGUUACGAUGCAGCUUGUGACAUCUGGAGUCUGGGGAUCCUGCUCUACACUAUGAUAGCUGGUUUCAGUCCAUUCGCCAGCAGUUCUGAGGACACAGCGGAGGAAAUUCUGGCUCAGAUUGGCAGUGGGAAAUUCAUUAUCACAGGAGGGAACUGGGACCUGGUAUCAGAUGCUGCCAAGGAUAUCGUGAUCAAGAUGCUCCACGUGGACCCUCACCAACGCCUGACUGCACCCCAGGUUCUUCGUCACCCCUGGAUUGCAGACAGAGACCAACUCUCUGACAGAGUUCUUACCAGACAAGAUGCUCUUACUGUGAAGGGGGCACUGUCUGCCACCUACUCUGCUCUGAGGCGAUGCACUCCGGCUCCAGUCCUGGAGCCUGUUCAGUCCUCCAGCCUGGCUCAGCGGAGAGGAAUGAAGAAACUGGGGAGUCCCAAAGUGAAUUCAGACCCUAAAGAAAAGGAGUAGCCACAACAAUAUGAAUGAAACAUCAAAAGAAAUGAAUAAUAGACCUCAUACAAUUAAAGAAAAUUUGCUCAAGCAUAAAUCUCGUUAAA